AUGUCCAACAUAUACACCGUGAACAAGGAUGAUAUGAUUCUAGCGCUGGCGGCGUUAAUCCUGCCACCUUUGCCAGUCAUUUUGCGUCGCGGAGUGAGUUCCAAGGACUUCUGGAUAAAUCUGUUGUUGUGUCUCCUUUUCGGCUUCCCUGGUAUCCUACACGCUGUUUAUGUGAUUUAUCAAACGAGUUCUGAACGCUCUGAUUACGCGCUUGUGGAUGAAAAUUCGGCUUUGGAGGCUCAGGAGAUUUCAGGUGAGACCCCCGAGCCUUCCAAAUCUGCGCAGCCUGAAAUCCCACCUGCUUACAAUGAGGUUGCUCCAAACGGACGCGACGCACAGGCUGUAACCGAUAACAAGAUCCAACACUGA